ACCAUUUUGAACUGUAAUUAGUUUUUACUUUUGCACACAUUGAAAGAGGUCCCAGGCAAUUUUUUAAAAAUUAUUUUGUUAUUCUGGAAGCAGGUGGGUUUGAUCAUUCUUUAGUUUCCUAGACACUUAGUUCUCCCAUAGCCACAACACCGCACUGUCCCCCAGAAGAGUUUGACAUGGCGGUCCAUGCAGUUAUAUUCAAACUGCUCCUCACGCUGCUGCUGGGAUCGUCCUCUCUGGCCCAGAACAGUGAGAAUACAGAAAUGGACCUCCAACCAGCCAAUCAGACAGCAGAUCCCUCCACCAUCCCAGAGGUCACCCUGACAACUCCAGAAGCGGGGGUGGAGGAGGAGACUGUUCCGCCCACAGGCAGCCGUUGCCAGGGCUACUAUGAUGUGAUGGGCCAGUGGGACCCGCCUUUUAACUGUAACGUUGGCAUCUACCUGUAUUGCUGUGGCACCUGUUUCUACCGCUUCUGCUGCCAGUUCAGACAGCACCGGCUGGACCAGACAUCCUGCUCCAACUAUGACACGCCCAUCUGGGCCAACACGGGAAAGCCGGUGGCGGCCGUCACGGAAAUCCAGGAUGAGCAUGACCGGGACAAGACGCACAUGAUUGUCUACAUCAUCUGCGGGGUGGUGGCCAUCAUGGUGCUGGUGGGCAUCUUCACCAAGCUGGGCCUGGAAAAAAGUCGAGGCGCUCAGACUGACAUGACCAACUCCAGGACGCUGACGGAGCUCCUGAAGCAGCCCGGAGGGGAGGUGGCCAGCGUGGACGGAGCGGCGGACAGCCCCCCAGCCGGAACCAAUGGGAUAUCCGCCAGGAUGCUGCGCAGCAGAAGCGAGCAGUACCACCUCAACAACUCCUCCAUGUCCCCGUUCGGCUCGGCGACGGCGCUGUCCCACCAGCACAGCAACCUCAACGUGUCCGGCCUGGGCUUCAACAAGUACACCUCGCUCAAGGCUGUGGCCGAUACUGCUGCCAGAGGGUACUAUAAGAGCUACCCAAUGAUGGACUUCUCCCAUUACCAGAGCCCGCCCCCGACCUUCCAGCCAAUAGCAUUGCACGUCAAGGAGAAGCCCUACCUUCCAACGCUGGACAUCAAUUCCCCGCUAAGCAUCUCCAUUCCCCCUGCCCAACUGACCAGGCCCAAGAUCACCAAGACCAUAACACACCCUCUGCUCACCAACUCGGCCUUCAAAGCCUGGGACCCCAGCAGAGUCCACGUCCAGCGUCAGACCUCACAUCCCGGGCAUUCCUCAAGCCGCCGUCAGGCCUACUCCACCAGGAGGCAGUACAGCAUAGAGACACUCCCAGAGCUGGUCUCUCAGCCCCUGGGGUACGGACCCAGUCCUCAACAGCACCACCUGAAACACAAGGGCUUUCCCACCAACAGCAAGACAGAGGUGACCGUGUGAGAUGACCCUCUGCGGACUGUGAGCAUGCUGGGAAAGAUCUGUGUGAGUGUUCUUCAGGAAACAGCAUGGGGAAGACAGAGGAGUGUCAUUGUGAUUUUUUUAUGUUGUAGUUGAUCUUUUCUGCUUCACCUGUUCCAUCAGUCGAAUUCUCUGGGCUCCCCCCUUUGGCGUACGCUGCCUCAGUUGUCCCCUUCCCCUCGUGGCCCCGUUAUUCCUGUCUUCCCC